UUCACCGUCGAAAACGCCCUUUCUGCUCAACCUCCAUCAACGGUGCUCUCUCUUUCUCUAAGAUUUUAGUGCGUAUUCUUAUUAAUUUUUUGUUUAAUGUUUUAGGGGAAUGAUAUAGUUCAGAGCCAUUUCCAGGGAAUUACAUGUUUUCAUUUCUGCUUAGAGCAAAUUUCCUUAUGAAAAUGAUCUCCUGCACUCAAAGGAACUUCUAUGUAGCUUCAUCCAUUCUACCUCCAUUGCAGCUUCCAUCUCCAAUGUAUGUAAUCCAGUAUUUUGAUGUAUUCUUGUCUGAUGGGAAUUUAAGACUUAAAAAUUUGAGCUAAAUGAUUGAGAUUGGUUUUGAAGGGAAACUCAUUUUUGGUAUGUUAUUCCUGAUCAAGUCAAGAGUGUGUCACUUCUAAAUCAAUAUAUGGAAAUUCUAUCUUCUGUUGAGAGAGAAAAUGUUCUAUCCAUGCCUGGAGACCACCUUCAAAAAAGGGCACUCCUGGCUCGUACCCUGGUUCGAACUACCAUUGCCAGAUAUAAAUUGCCAUGUUGAUCCAAGAUCUUUGAAAUUCAGGAGUAAUAUCCAUGGGAAGCCUGAGUUAGAGUGGCAAAGGGACAGUGGCCCAUGCCCACCACCAUUACAUUUCAACAUUUCACAUACAUCUUCUUUGAUAGCUUGCGGAGUGACAACUAAUUCACAAAUUGGUAUCGAUAUUGAAGAGAAGCAACGGAAUAUUAAAAGCAAUAUAUUAGCUUUUGCACGGCGCUACUUUUCUCUCCAUGAGGUGGAAUAUUUAAGUGCUAUUUCAGACUCUGAAGUGCAGCGCCAGGAGUUCAUAAAAUUAUGGACUCUUAAGGAGGCUUAUGUGAAAGCUUUGGGAAAAGGCUUCUCUGCUGCACCUUUUAGGACAUUUACUGUUCACAUAAAGACUGCUACUAAGGGAGGCAGUAUUCUUGCUGAUGAUGUAGAUCAUGAGAUAAUUGUCGAGUCUUUUGAUGAUCCCAAGAACCACACAAGCAGUUGGCAGUUGGCUCUCUUGGAACUGGAUGCUUCUCAUUAUGCUGCCAUUUGCAUGGAAAUAGAUAAAGGCAGGGAAGUUGGGAUGAAAGUUCCAAUCAGAUUGUCUGCGUGGAAAACCAUUCCCUUGGUUGAAGACAGGCGCGUUUCUGGAACUGAAGUUGUUGUGCCCAUUGGAGGCUUAAUCAAACACUGAUUGUAAUUUGUCAUUUUUCAUUAACUUUUUGCCUCAAUAUGUAAAUUGUGGUUAUGUUAGAUUAUACACUUCCAAAGGUGAAUGGUAUUAUUAAUUGAAUUAUUUAUGGAUUUGUUCAGCAAAAUUAAUUGUUUUGAUA